GUCCUUAUGAAGCCAGUUAUAAACAAAAUUUAUGUGCUUCGGCAAGAGCCAGUAAAAUGUCAUAAGAUAACUAUAAAAGCGGAAUUUGGCUCUUUUCCAGUCAGAUUAUUUUCGCACUUGAAGCGUUCGCAUCUACCGCCUUUAAACCAUGAAGUUUAUGAUUGUGCUCGCCUGCCUGUUGGCAGUGGCUUUCGCCAACGAGGAGGCCGACGUUCUGAAGAGUGACUCGGAGGUGAACGUGCUGGACUUUAAUUACGCUUACGAACUGUCCAACCACAUCAAGGCCGUUCAAGCUGGCGCCCUGAAGGAGCAUGACAACUGGGUUGUUAAUGGCGAAUACGAGUACGUGGCUCCCAAUGGCAAGCUGGUUAAGGUUACCUACACCGCUGACGAGACCGGCUACCACCCAAAAGUUGUGGAAGCUUAAAUAACCAAAAUUUCCCCAAAUGAAUAAUUGAUGAACUGCAUUACCGACAUUUUUAAAUAUUCGUUGCAAUAAAAUUUGAAUUCCCCUCAGACCGAA